CCAAAUUUUAAAAUAACACAUAUAAAGAAUUUAUAUAAAAUUCUUAUAACAGCCUCAGCCUAUACUCUUGCUGCAAUAGCAUUAGAACGUUAUUAUGCAAUAUGUCGUCCUCUACAAUCGCGAAUAUGGCAUACCCGUACACACGCAAAAUUUAUGAUUAGCCUUGUUUGGCUAGCCUCUAUCAUCGUUAAUUUAUUUAUGUUAUUUAUGUAUGAAGAAAGAAAAUUUAAUACAAAUGGCCUUAACUGUUCCCCAAAAUUUAAACCUCUAGUUCAUUUUAGCUAUCAGAUUUACAUGACUGUCAUGCUUCUAGUUAUUCCGUUGGUUGCCAUGACUGUUCUAUAUGGCAGCGUUAUUCGCACUCUUAGCUCAGGGAUUUUUGUCGAUCUUGCUUCUAAAGAAGUUGUUGACAAAGCCGAUAAUCUCGAAAAUCGGCAACAGAAUCUUUCAAACAGUAAAUGGUACAAGAGGCCUAGCCUAGAAGGAGGCUGCUCAAAAGGCAGCAGACUAUCUCUAGUGGCAAUGAUAAAAAAUGAAUUAAAACUAGGCUUAAGAGAACCAACAAUAGCUACCUCAUGUUUGCGUCAAAAGAGAACAAGUAAUGGCCAAGUUGUGGAAGUCAAUCUAAGAUCUACCCAAGCUGAAAAAAGUGCAAUUGCUAAAAAGAGGUGA